UGGUGGUGGCUCUGUGAAGAAAACGCAAACGCCUGAGCGAAAGUAAUAUCAAAGUUUAGAGUAAAUAUGUUUUAGUACAACCAUUUAAUAAGUAAACGUAAAUAAGAAAUAACACUGUUGCUUAAAAAUGCCACCUAAACGUAAAAAGAAUAUCAAAGUUACAAGAAAUUAUAAUCGUAAAGUAACGAAAAAAAUGAGACCUAUUAAAUCUGAGGUGAAGGAAGAAAUUGCUCUUGGUAAUGAAGACAUUCCAGUAUGCACUGUGUGUAAUAGCGGUCCUGGUAGAUAUUGCCAAUGUCAGCAAAGACUUCUGGACAAAAUAGGACCCAAAAGAAAGGCCAUUAUAAAAUGCCAGAAAUGCCCUAAAAUUUACAAGUUUAAAAAGAGGUAUUUGCAGCAUUGUUUAAAUGAACAUUCCACAACACCUGGCAGUGUGUCUUGUGCGCAGUGCAGCGUCACUUGUCCCGACAAGAAAGUGUUAGCUAAACACAUCGAGCAUACCCACAAUCGCAAAGAAUUUGAGUGUCCCCGGUGCUCCAAGAAGUUUGUGAGACACGCUCAUGUGUUGAGGCACUUGUCCCAGAGCGGCUGUAAUGGUUCUCCAGCAGCGUCAUAUCCGUGUGAGAUAUGCAAUUCUACAUUUUCUAGAAAAGAUAACCUGAUAGUGCACCUUCGCUAUCAACAUAUUUUAAAUAAUGGAUAUGCAUGUAAACUAUGUGAAUAUGGAUCCAAGAAUUUCUCUAAACUCGUCAAGCAUUGGAUUUACACUCAUAAUGAUCCGCUGAAGUUUGAAUGUGACAUUUGUGGGAAGUUCACAUCUUCCCGAACCUCAAUGGCUAAACAUUUGGAAAUCCAUGGAGAAAAGAAAUAUAUCUGUACUACGUGCGGCUACAGCACGUUCACGGCGGAGGUGCUGAAGCGGCACUCGCUGACGCACGUGGCCGACAAGCCGCAUAAGUGCGAGAUCUGCGGCCAGUCCUACAUCCAGCGCCAGCAGCUCAUGCGCCACCUGGAGCGCCACGUCUCCAGCCACUGCAACACCUGCGGCCGCAAGUUCAACUCCAAAGCCAGAUUACUUAUUCAUCAGCGCGUACAUAUGGGAUUGGAUCGCCUCGUUUGCCCAUUCGAUACAUGCCCGAAUUCAAGAAAGGAGUUCUCCAAUGAAAUCAGCCUUCAUAACCAUGUGCAGGGCCAUUUGAACAAAAAGAAGUUCCCAUGCGAGGUGUGCGGCAAAGAGUACUUCUCGGACGUGAACAUGAAGCGCCACCUGUCCACGCACCGCCUGGACAAGCCGCGCCGCUGCAUGUACUGCGUCACCGCGCGCGCCUACAUCCGCGGCGAGCAGCUGGUGCGCCACGUGCGCCAGCACCACCCCGACCUGUUCAGCACGCACCUCGCGCACGUGCGCCAGGUCAUGGGAACGAACUUGGCAAUAGACCGAGUGAAGAAGUCUGAGCUGGAGUCGAUCCUGAACCUGCUGGACGCGGAGUCGGAGCGCAUCCUGGACGGCUACGGCGGCUCCGACGUGCUGUACGGCGGCAUGCAGGAGGACCCCGCGCUCGCCGCGCCUUCUGGCGAGGUACCUGUCAAAUCGGAGCCUUUCCCGCUUAUGUCCGAAGAGCAACUUGAGAACAAUUUGAAAAAGUUGCUGUCACAAUUGAUCGAUCAAGAUACUUUGGAAUGCUUCGGAUGGCCUGAUGACAGCAUCGAUUCGGUGCUGGAGAAGGUGAUUGUGCAGUGCGGCGCGCGCGCGGCGGACCGCGGGCGCUGGUCGCGCGUGCAGUGCCUGCGCGAGAACACCAAGCACCUGUUCGUGUACGCGGUGGAGGACAAGCACAUCGCGCGCAUGCUCGACACGCACACCAUCGACCAGAUCGUCCUGCACAUCCUCGCGCAGGUCGCCGACGACUGACCGACACCGGUACGUGACGUAGCCGUAGCUAGGGACCUGUUGAAGCGAUGCCCUAAUUACUUUUUUAAUGUGAUGCAUUUUGGGUUGCUACUUGCUAGCCGAGAAUCGCGUGCCUUCUACCGUGUUUAGUAUUUUUACUAAAAUGUUUACUAGAAUUUGCGCAAAGAUACAGUUGCAGAUAAAGGCAAUGCAUGCCUCAAAUUGUAAGGCAAGCAAAAGUUUUUGCAAAAAUUUGUCUUUAUUCUUGUUGGGUUAGGUACUUUUCAUGGUAAACACCCCUGCCCUACGUAAUAUUCAAUACUAGCUACGGCGCUGGACACACCCCGAUUGAUGCGUAUCGUAAAGCUGUUACAGAUUUUACACGACACGAUGAAAUGAGUGAUGUGACCCACACAUUUUAUAUCUUAAACACACCAAAUGUAAAAAUAAUACUACUAAAAUAACUUUUAUUGUCGUAAUGGUACUACAUUGAACAAAGUAAGUUACUGUGCAUAAUCAUAUAUUUUUAGGAUUCCACUUAGUUGGUAAAUACAAAAAUACUAUUAUUAUUAAUUUACAAUGCCUGCUAUCUGAAAAUCAUGUAUUGUGCCUUAGUUAUUAAGUUUAUAAAAGAUUUAUUAGUAAUAUAAGAAUUAAAAUUAUAUUUAGAUGUAAGUAGAUUUAAGUAUUACUACUAUUUGAAAACAUUAUUUAAGUUUAUUACAUCAAAGCGCAUUUUUAUAUAAUGUCACUGUUAUUUUGGGGAAUGGUAUAAAACUUAUGUAUAUCACGUUUUGGGUGUAUCAAUUUUAUUUUCUAUGGUAUUAUGAAUUUAUGUGGAUUUUGAUAAUAAUAUUCUAUAACUUUGUUAAACUGUGAGCAAUUUCUGAAUUAUGCUAUGCACUUGUAUGAACUAUCUAUAGUUUAACUUCUGCUAAUAUCAUAGAGUUAGUAUACCUUGAGGAAAUUAACUUUAUAGUUAUUAUUUCACUGUAUAAGACCAUUGAUACUUGAAGACGGAUUUAUUGUUGAUUAUUAGUACUUUAAGCCACUUCUUAUAAUAAGACCUUAUUGUUGUGCCUUAAAUUGGUUCAAUAUUAUCAAUAAAUUGAUGAAAUAAAAUGCAAAUA